CUCAAAACGAUUCAUCAUUAGACGGCGUCUAACAUGUGAUGCUAAAACUAGUGAUUCGCCAGUUCGUGAUCAGCGGAGUUUGCUGCUGCCUAGACCAUAGUAAGUGGCGAUUUUGCUGCGGAAAAGCAGGAUUCUACAAUAAUGAAAACACAGAAAAAAGUACAAACCAUCCCACGAACAAAGACCUUGACUCAACGGAAAAGGAUCAAAAUCUGAAAGCUGAUUCUGGAGCAGUGAGGAAGACGCCAGAGACAAGCGGAGCUCCAAAAAAGAGGGGGACCGAUCUGCUUAUCUUAUCGCCGAUCAUUUGAUCAUUACGUCUUCAUCACUCGCCCUGCCUUCAACUUCAACCUUUCGCCCAUCGCGUCACCAUCAUGGCGGGCCCAGUAAAAUACACUCCUCCUCCGUCACCGCCAUCGCCGACUGCGUCGUUUUACGAUUUGAGUGACGAUGACGAAGACGAGUACAACACCAUCGCACAUGCCCGGUCUGGGCGUGGGGUGAAGCUACUCUACUCUAAAAGCAAAGUCUACGUGCACCCUACACCCUCCGCCAAAGACAACAUAGCUGGGUUUAUCGCCCUGAUCCAGCAGAAACCAAAGCCGGGGCUCAGCCACUCGACCAGCACACAUUCCCACAACGAUGCUUCCUCGUUUCUCCUUGCCUGGGUCCCUGAGGCUUCACUCGGUGAUGCUUACAGCACCUACGUGAAAGUCGAUCUUGCCGAUGACGAUUCCCCGCCCCGCCAGCGAUAUCUCGUUCCGCCGCUUCCGACUACCACCACGCAUGCAGACCCGAUCGGACUCUAUUCUUUCGCCGUCCCCGUGUCAGAAAUAUACUCUUUGCUAGUACGACCUCCAAGCCUAGGAUGGUGGUUUGGAAGCGUUGUGAUCAAUACACGAUCGGGAGGCAGCUUCCCUGCGUUGUUCUUCCAUGACAGCGAAUGCGAGUCGACGAUACUGCAGAAGAAAAAGCGUGUCAGGGAGAGCUUCGAUCCGUUUGAUCAUGACGGUAGUCUAUACUGGGGCGGUGAUGAGGUCCUGCGUUGGCUAAGGACAUACGUUGAGGUUCAACGUUCCUCCGUUGACCGGAACGUCUAUCUGAUCAACCCUUCCGAGGAAGAUCAGCUCUCAUUCGGGCGAGGUUUGAACGCCGGGGACGGCACUGUAUCGAAGGCCCAAGCGGACGCUACUGCCGCUGGACCCAAUGCAGCGGGACAGCAGCGAGAUGCCAGCAUGGACCCGUUCAUGAAGACCCUGAAAGAGACUCGCUGGAAGGUGCUAGAACAACUCAGCAAGAUUACCACAUUUACCAGGCGGACUGCAAACGAGAUCGCCGACAAUCCUCGCAUUCCACCGCAGGUUCGACGCUUGAUGAAGAAUCCCGAGGUUCAGACCCUCCAGGAUGAAUUCGAUAGCGCCCGGCUGUAUUUGGCGCGGUGGGCCAUGAGCAUUGCUGAACAGGGCGAGAAGGACCGGAACCAGCGGAUCUGGACUGCUCAGGAUGUUCUUGAGUCAGAAAAUAGUUCUGUAGGCGAUUUUGAGAUCCUUGAGCUCGAGACGGGCAGCCUGGCCAUUCAAGAGCGACGACGAAUUGUCACGCUUACCGAGUGGGAGGGCUUCUUUGAUCCGGUCUCUGGAAGACUGCAUCUAACCGUUGAGGAAGUCAAAGAACGCAUCUUCCAUGGAGGCUUGGAUCCCAAUGAUGGGGCACGAAAAGAGGCCUGGCUGUUCCUCCUUGGUGUCUAUCCGUGGGAUAGCAGUCAUGAGGAAAGACAAGCGAUCAUGAACUCGAAGCGUGAUGAGUAUAUCCGCUUGAAGGCUGGUUGGUGGGAGCGCAUGGUUGACGGCAACUCGACGUCUGAGGAGUAUGAGAAUUGGAAGGAACAACGCAACCGAAUAGAGAAGGAUGUUCAUCGCACCGAUCGUACUAUACCACUCUUUGCUGGAGAGGACAUCCCACAUCCCGAUCCGGACUCUCCGUUCGCUGAUACAGGAACCAAUGUGCACCUUGAGCAGAUGAAGGAUAUGCUCCUGACGUACAACGAAUAUAACCCAGACCUCGGAUAUGUGCAAGGCAUGAGUGAUCUUCUGGCCCCCCUCUAUGCAGUCAUGCAAGAUGAUGCCGUAGCUUUCUGGGCCUUUGUUGGUUUCAUGGAUCGAAUGGAACGAAAUUUCCUUCGAGACCAGUCUGGCAUGCGAUCUCAGCUUCUUGCUUUGGACCAUCUUGUCCAGCUUAUGGACCCCCAGCUGUACCUCCAUCUGCAGUCUGCGGACAGCACAAACUUCUUUUUCUUCUUCCGCAUGUUACUGGUCUGGUACAAGCGAGAGUUCGAAUGGGGAGACGUCCUGCGUCUCUGGGAGGCACUCUGGACCGAUUACUUCUCAAGCAGCUUCCAUCUUUUUAUCGCCUUGGCUAUUUUAGAGAAGCAUCGCGACGUCAUUAUGGAUCAUUUGAAGCAUUUUGAUGAAGUUUUGAAGUACAUCAACGAGCUCUCUAAUACGAUGGACCUGGUUCCGCUUCUCACACGCGCCGAAUCGCUCUUCCGUCGCUUUGAGCGAUCAGUUCAAGCAAUUGACAAGAAAGACAACUUCCCCGCCCCUUCUGCUCACCAGCGCCGACCCGACACUAGCAGUCCAGACUCGACUGGAAAGGGCAAAUCCCCUCAGCGCCCAACAGUGGGAUCCAGCAGCGGCGUUCGUCCCCCUUCGGCACUUCAACAAGCAAUUGACAAGGACAAGCCGAAGGUUAUCUCUCCCGAAUUGCGCGAACUUUUGAGAAAGGACAUCCCUUGGAGACGCCAGCAGACAUCAUAGCGGGUGUUGCUGGUAAUGUCUUGAUGAUUUCGAGGGGACACUAAUUGCGAGGCCAUGGCCUGCUUGCAUCAUCUAACGAUUUUCACGCCUUGUUCUUGUAUAUCAUUCCACUCAUUUGUAUUAGUUCUUUUCAUCUUUCUUCUUCCAGGCGAAUAGGUUCGGACUUGGCUUGAGAGCCUAGUUCAGGUUCAUGGAUUCUCCGAUUAUGUUAUUGCCCCGCCUUGCUUGUCAUAGCGCCUGCUACUGAAUACAAACGGCCUUUCCAGAUUCUCUUCAAGAGUUGUACAUCGUUCUACAUCACUCGGUGACCAGGCAAGUCAAGAAAAU